UUUAUCAUCCACCGUAUAUAACAGACCUAAGAAUUUACCUUCAGUUUCUUUAUCAGAAACAGAAAGCAAUUGAAUUAGCUACUUCAUUCAAUUUCUCUCCAGAAUAAGUAGUGACAAUAUUUCCCCCAAAAAAACCUCACUUCUUUCAAUUAAAAAUAAUUGCAGAUAAAACAAGCAGAAACGGGCACAGAAGUGACCCGACAAAUCCAAUUUGGUAUGAUUCUUCAACUUUCCAUCCUGUCAUGGACCUUUUCAUAAAAUUAGAUCAAUCUCUGCUCAAAAUUUCAUCAAAGAACCAAAAGGGUCGAUUCAAUUCUUCCUACAACGUUAUUGCAAGAACUAAAGCUUCAAUCUUUAGCUUUAUACAUGUACAAAUUCCAGAAUCAUAUUCAGUGGAUUUGCAAUUUCAUCUAUAUCGUUAGUUCGAGUUGAAAGUAGUUAAGGGUUUAACCAAUCUGCGUCUAAGUGUGUGUCAGCGAUGUAUCAAUGGAGGAAGUUUGAAUUCUUUGAGGAGAAAUUUUCUGGGAAAGUUCCAGAUGAUAUUGCCGGCAAGAUCCAAUGUUGUUCCAGCGGUAAAGGAAGGAUUGUUUUGGGUUGUGAUGACGGCACUGCUUCGUUAUUGGAUCGAGGAUUGAAGUUCAAUUAUGGUUUCCAAGCUCAUUCUUCAUCUGUCCUCUUCCUCCAACAGCUCAAGCAAAGGAACUUCUUAGUGACUGUUGGAGAAGAUGAGCAAAUAGCUUCCCAACCCCCAGCUGUUUGUCUUAAAAUUUUUGAUCUUGACAAGAUGGAGCCCGAGGGAACUAGUACAUCAAGUCCAGAUUGUAUUCAAAUACUGCGAAUAUUUACCAACCAGUUCCCUGAAGCAAAGAUCACAUCGUUUUUGGUUCUGGAAGAGGCUCCGCCAUUGUUACUCAUAGUUAUAGGGCUGGACAAUGGUUCCAUCUAUUGCAUUCAAGGAGAUAUAGCCCGUGAACGCAUCAAGCGCUUUAAGCUUCAGGUGGAUAAUCAUUCAGAGAAAAGCCAAUCCUCCAUUACGGGUCUGGGGUUCAGAGUGGAUGGUCAGGUGCUUCAGCUGUUUGCUGUUACUCCAAAUACAGUGAACUUGUUCAACAUGCAUACUCAAGCACCUACUCGGCAGACUCUUGAUCAGAUUGGAUCUAGUGUAACUAGUGUUGCCAUGACUGAUCGAUCGGAAUUCAUUAUUGGUCGGCCUGAGGCGAUAUUUUUCUAUGAAGUUGAUGGUCGUGGUCCUUGUUUGGCCUUUGAAGGAGAGAAGAAAUUCCUAGGGUGGUUUCGUGGAUAUCUGUUAUGUGUUUUUGCAGAUCAAAGAACUGGAAAGAACACUUUCAAUGUUUAUGAUCUGAAGAACCGGUUAAUUGCCCACAGUAUAGUGGUUAAUGAAGUUUCUCAGAUGCUUUGUGAAUGGGGUAACAUAAUACUUAUUUUGGAGGACAAAUCAUUUUUAUGCAUUGGGGAGAAAGAUAUGGAGAGCAAAUUGGAUAUGCUUUUCAAGAAGAACCUUUAUACAGUUGCUAUAAAUCUCGUCCAAAGCCAGCAAGCUGAUGCCGCUGCAACUGCUGAAGUGCUGAGGAAAUAUGGGGAUCACUUGUACAGUAAACAAGACUUUGAUGAGGCUAUGACUCAGUAUAUACACACCAUUGAGCAUCUAGAACCUUCUUAUGUCAUACAAAAAUUUUUGGAUGCACAGAGAAUCCACAAUCUCACCAAUUACUUGGAAAAGUUGCACGAGAAGGGGCUUGCCUCAAAAGAUCAUACCACUCUUUUAUUAAAUUGUUACACCAAAUUAAAAGAUGUUGAGAAGCUGAAUGAGUUCAUCAAAAGUGAGGAAGGAGUUGGGGAACAAAAGUUUGAUGUUGAAACUGCAAUAAGGGUAUGCAGAGCUGCCAAUUAUCAUGAGCAUGCCAUGUUUGUUGCUAAGAAAGCUGGGAGGCAUGAAUGGUACCUUAAAAUUUUACUUGAAGAUCUAGGCAGAUAUGAAGAAGCUUUACAAUAUAUCAGCAGCCUUGAGUUGAGUCAAGCUGGGGUGACAGUGAAAGAGUACGGCAAAAUUCUAAUUGAGCAUAAGCCAGCUGAAACAGUUGAUAUACUCAUGAGGCUUUGCACAGAGGAAUCCGAACUGCCCAAGAAGCUAGCAUCAAGUGGUGCAUUUAUCUCCAUGUUGCCUUCUCCUAUUGAUUUUCUCAACAUUUUUGUCCAUUAUCCUCAUGCUCUUCUGGAGUUCCUUGAAAAAUAUACCAGCAAAGUGAAGGAUUCAUCUGCUCAAGUGGAAAUUCAUAACACACUCCUCGAAUUGUACUUGUCCCAUGACCUGGAUUUCCCAUCAGUUUCACAAUCUAACAUGGAUGAAGGUGGAAAUGAUCUAGCACAUAAAUCUUCAAAAAAAGUAUCUAAUGGGAAGGUGAUAUUGGAAAAGAAAGACGCAAAUGAUGAGAAAGGUCGUCAAGAGCGGCGUCGGAAAGGGCUGACCUUGCUUAAGAGCGCAUGGCCUUCUGAACUAGAACAACCACUAUAUGAUGUUGAUCUUGCCAUAAUUUUAUGCGAGAUGAACGACUUUAAAGAAGGAUUGUUGUUUCUUUAUGAGAAGAUGAAACUUUUCAAAGAAGUUAUUGCGUGUUACAUGCAGGUACAUGAUCAUGAAGGUUUGAUUGCAUGCUGCAAGAGAUUGGGUGAUUUGGGUAAGGGGGGUGACCCUUCUCUUUGGGCAGAUUUGUUGAAGUAUUUUGGUGAACUUGGCGAAGACUGCUCAAAAGAAGUCAAAGAAAUCUUGACUUACAUUGAGAGGGAUGAUAUCUUGCCUCCCAUUGUGGUUCUUCAGACACUUGCCAAAAACCCGUGCCUCACCCUCUCUGUUAUCAAAGAUUACAUAGCUCGAAAGUUAGAACAUGAGUCACAACUGAUUGAAGAAGACCGCAGAGCUAUGGAAAAGUAUCAGGAAGAAUCAUCAACAAUGAGAAAAGAGAUCCAAGAUCUAAGAACAAAUGCUAGAAUUUUUCAGCUUAGCAAGUGUACUGCUUGCACAUUCACACUUGACCUUCCUGCUGUCCACUUCAUGUGUAUGCACUCAUUUCAUCAGCACUGUCUUGGCGACAAUGAGAAAGAGUGCCCUGAGUGUGCUCCCGAGUACAGAGCUGUUCUGGAAACAAAGAGGAGCUUGGAACAAAGUUCCAAAAACCCAGACCAGUUCUUCCAACAGGUCAAGAGCUCAAAGGAUGGAUUUUCUGUAAUUGCUGAUUAUUUUGGCAAGGGGAUUAUCAGCAAAACGAGCAAUGGACCUUCUGAAGCUAUUAGAUCAACCAGUGCUUCUUCCGACAACGAUUUCUAGGAUUGUGUCAGCACAUUUGUUGAGUACUAAAGUUUUUUGAGAUCUUUCCGGCCAUAGAGAAAGUUUACUGAGCUACAUGUUCAGAAGAAUGUCAUCCAUUAUGUUUUAUAAAAUUGGUGUUUCUUAGGCCACUUGUUUUUCUUUUAAGGUUAUUGUUGAGCUGCAGUGUUUUUUUAAUUAAAAUGUUGUACCUUGGAGUUGAAGUAUUUUUAAAACUGUGUGAAGAAAAUAAAUAUA